AUCUUCUAACCAAUUGGAAUUAAUUACUCAUCUCGGGCUGGUGCAGUCUCCGUGUACGUAACAUUGUGUUGGUUUGUUGAAAUUGUUACAUGGACCAGUGCCAACUCGGUCGGCGGUCGCAUAACAUUGCAAAUCUUGUUGUGCUUUAAAUAGAUUCUUUGAUAGUAAAAUCUAUGUGAUAACAGUUGUGUGUUUUUGAAGAUUCUGUCAUCUGUGAUGUCUCUGUGUGUGGGUGCAUAAAUUGAGUGAAUAAAGUGCAUAAUAGAGGAGUGGUUGUCCAUUGAUUACAGAACAUUCAUUUUCCUUGAAAAAGGGCAUCCAAUCGGCAGUAGCACAAACAGCAUGACAUAGCACCAUGUCUAAAAUGCUAAGCGCGCUGGACGGCGCGCUGCCCGACGAGCGGCCGCUCCUCUCGCUACUGAUAGUGGAGAGCGUGGCCAAGUGUCCCACAGGGUACUGGCCGGUCAGCCGCACCUACGAUGAAGACGCGGACGCUGGACUCAUGCGGCAGAACGGACUCUUCACCAAGAAACCUAGUCAUUACAUAUGCUUGUCUAAGACUGAAGGUGUGCCGGGUUACGUCAUGGACGGCGUGCUCAUAGUGGGGGAGAGGGAGGCCGCCCCGGCCGGGUACAGCGUGGCGGGGCGCGCGGGCAAGCGGCGGCUGUGCACGCGCGUGUCGCGGCCGCAGCCCGCCGCCGCGUGCCCGCCCGUCACCGACGUCAUCGUCUGCUCCAAGAUGAGGGCGGCGCCCCGGGGCUUCAUACUGGCCGGCGAGGUGAACGGCAAGACUGUAUGCUAUAAGGUGAGCGGCGGUAGCGCCGAAGUGUCGCCGACGCACAAGCCGAACGAGUAUGAGAACAUCGUAACGAACGUCACGCCUGAAGCUAACAGGAGACUGCGUCCGGUGCCCGAGAGGCCUCCGAAAUUGUCGCCAUUAGUAACCGAACUCAACGCUCUGAACCUGAAAUCUGGCGUCUACCCGACGGUGGAGGACUUCAGCACGGACCACGAUUACGAAGCUCUGACUCCAUCCUACAACGUGAAGCCCUGCCGGCCGGCGCCCGUGCCGCCGGGCCGGUCGCCGGUCCGGUCGCCGCCCCGGAGGAAGGGCCCGGCGCCGUUGCCGACCGGAAAUAAUUAUAAGACCUUGGGAAUGAUGAACGGGUUGGAGGGAGUGCCGUUCGUGCUGAAUCCAAAGCUGAGGGGGCUGCCUGAUGAUACGCUGACACAACUGCCUGUGAUCAAACGCCGAUCCCGCUUCGAACUCGACCGAGAUUACUCGUACAAUUUUGCGGUCGAGCGGCAGACGUGAGACGGGAAUAUACACUUUAUAAUUACCGCCGUAAGGUUGAUAAUGCAGUUUCUUACAAUGGCGGUAUACACACUGUAAAUAUAUUCGUUGCAUUCGACUAUGAGAUUACUAUCUUUGUUUCAAUGAUGAGUUUAGUAAAGGUUACAUACAUAUAUAGUAUGGACGAGCAGCCGACGUGAGGUGUGAAAUACACUCUAUAACUUUAGGCAUAAGGUUGAUAAUGACGAUAUUCAGAAUUAAAAUUCUCUGAGUUGUAUCAGUCGUCGGACUGUUAAUAUUUUAAACACAAACGAUUAUGAUAUUUGCUGAUUAUUUUAUUGAUGCUAUUGAAAUGGACGGCAAUUUAAAAUGGCCGACAGAUUGAUUGGUAAAUUAUAUUAUUUAUAGAAACCUUUUAUAUGCUAUGUUACAGACAAAAUCAUGAUUAAUAAAAAUUGUACAGUGCAGCAAUUUCUACGCCAACUCAGCUGUGUUUAAUUCCAUAUAUAUAUUUAUAGUUUAUAUAGUUUAAAAUGUCACGUAUGGAGAAUUUUUUUAAUAUUUCAAAGCUUAUCAACCGAUCAUAUCUCAAUGUGAACCUGCUUCGCGAUUCGUUGAGAUUGUCAAACAUAUAGAGUUUAGGAUGUAUUUAGAACAAAAGGAUAUUAAGUCGCCAUACGAAACGAGCCAUCAACAUGUGAUAAUGAAUCUUAUGCAAAAGGACAUAGGAAUUAUUUUGUUUUGCAUGUCACCUUUAACAUUAGGCAUGGCAGUAAUUUUAGUGGUUUAAAUUUGAAAUAUUACAGGUAAAAGCAAUAAAUCAUUAAUAAAUUCACAAUCUUGCUAUACAAUUUAGGAAAAAUAUGUACAUAUAUGAAAUUAGAAAUGCUUUUUUUUUCAACUUUUUCAGUAUUUAUCAAUUAUUACUGGUUGUGUAUGUAUUGAGACUAAAUUAUACCAACUUUUAUAGAUGUUGUAUAGUGUAUCAUACAUUUACAUAAUAUUCCGCUUUUAUCAAUCUUUGCGACAAAUUAUAAGUUAAAUUACCUAUACACCCUUAUUUUAUAAACGAAAUAAAUAAUUUUCCUGAAUUUGUGCCAAAACAUGGCAUAAUAUAUACGUAUUAGGGAUUUUUUGUACGUGAAUGUAUUUAUUUAUUAGAAAAUAUAAUUUUAUUCGUUUAUGUGAAAUUGUAUUAAAUUAUGUAGUGUUUGAUGAAUUGUAAACUAAUUACAUUAUUAAUGUAGUAAUAAUGUUUAUACAUAUCCUUUAAUUAGAACCGAGUGUUGAUAGACAAAUAAUACAAGCAUAAAGAACACUACUUUUGACAUUAUUGUGCAUAAUUUUAAUUACGUUAUUUAAAAAUAAUUUGACAUAAAUAUGUAAAAACAAUAUGAUUUUACUGUAAAUACAAUAAAAAAUUAUUAUACCUAUUAUAGGUAUAAGGUUGAUAUUAUAUUUUAUGUUCAUUGAUUUACUUUGCAAAUCAUUCAAGGUUUUUAAAUUUAUAAUGAAAUACUCUGUUAGCACUCGGCACAUUGGUGUGUGGUGAGAUUCGUAAUGAGUUGUCCCAGUUCAAAUCAUUUAUUUGUGAAAACGUGAGAAAAUUUUUUAGUCAAUACCAAACAAAUUCUCAUUUGCGACUAUAAUUCAUCAAAUCAAGUUUUCUCUUAUUUCGUCAGGGUGGCGGAUCUUAUCCAUUAAAAUUAUAAUCCAAAAAAAUCGUUGAGAAAAGUAAGAAAUAAAACGCGAAAUAAGUCUGACCGACAUUUAAGACGGUGCGUGCGCGCAUAAUGACCUGUACGAGUUUUUAUUAAGGCGGGCUUAAAAAAAACAGAUUUUGAAUGGGACGAUUUCUUACGAAUAUGUUUGAAAAGGAGGCCUUUGCGUCUUGCAGGCGUUAGACUGAUGUUCGAAUUACUACGUUAGUGGAAAUAAUGAGGUUGGUAGCUGUAACACGAACAUUUAAUAGUUCGUUGACAUACAGCCCGCGCUAUUCUAGAGAGAGAUAGCGAACAUUCGACCGUUUGGUUUGAAUGCGAAUUUUUUUUAGUACGGUAAAUCUUAAAUACAAUCUUUUCGAGUUUUUUUUUUUAUUUAACCAUAGAACAGCAAAACGAAAGGUUACUGUUCCAUUUUCAAUGUUAAUUGUUUCAUUUGUAGUCGUUGAAUAAACCCUUUAAAAGUAGCCGAGAUGUAAAUAUAUUACGUAAUAAAUUACACAGAUCGAGCUACACAUUUAGAAGUUACUCUCCCUAAAUCCAUAUAGUACUAUUAUUGGAACAACUCGUAGGACCAUUGUAAGUGUUGUGAAUUUUAUUGAGCGAUCCAUUCUACCAUUAGUAGGAAACAAGCUGAUGAAAUAUGAUUUGGCGUUCGGUCUUGUCGAUUUUUUUUAUGUAAUUAAAUAACAUUGUUACAUGUAUUUUAAUAAUGUUUUAACAAGGUUCUAAUUGAUUUUGUCUCUUUCUCACCAAGCAAUGUCAGAAAGAGACAAUAAAUAAAAACAUUUCAACUAUAGUGACAGAUAAUAGUUUCGUAUUAGUCAAAUUUGUUUAUUCUGUGCAUAUUAAAUAACUAAACGAAUUAUACCAUCCCAAUCCUGUGUUCUAUAUUGUGCCAAAUAGAAUGCACGUCCAUAUUAAGUUCAAUACUUUUUAAUGGCAUAAUCUGUUUGUAGACUGCUUAACACGUAGCCUGCCAUAGUAGAAUUGCUAAUACAAAGAUUAUAUACCUGUCAGUCACCGGUGUCUGACAUGGCAGUCUAUGUGUUAGUUUUUUUACGAAAAAAACCUCAAAUUAUGUCAUUAAAAUUAAUAGAUAUGGACCUUAAUUGCGGAAUUACGUCGUGGUUACCCGGUAGUGUGCCAGCCAAGUCCACUAGUCAGCGAGUUAAAUAAUAAUAUUUUGCGACUUUACAUCGAUUCAAAUAGCUCAAACCGAGUAUACUAAAAUGUAGUAUAAAUAAUAAAUGCAUGCACGUAUUAUCUUUUACAUACCUAUAUAGCACAAGUUACACAGUAAUUGAAGCGGUUUGUUUUGUAUCUUGUGUUAUGGUAUAUUAUGUACAAGAUACCAAUAAGUUAUUUUGUGUAACUCCUUUAAAUCUUUUAUCUUAAAAAUAUUAGAUCGCAUUGUUUUAAUUUUACCGCAAGCAGUUUGCGAUAGAGUUAAAUUCGUGUAUCUCAACUUUUGUCAAUUUCUGCACAUAUCUAGUUUAAUUAGUGUUGGUUGGUUCGUUGCAAAGAGAUGCGGUAGCUUACACACAAAUAAUGUAGUUUUAUUUUGACGAUGCCACUUGUAAGUUCAAAUAAUUUAUUUAGUUUAUACUAAGAUUUAAGCACCGCAUCUUAGUAUUUAGAUAAUAUAAUUCAAUUGGAGAAGUACAAAUAUUUAACGGUGGGUUUUUGUCAUGCAUAUUAAAUAGCUUUCUAGUGAAAAUUUGCCAAUGUAUAAAUAAAAGUCUUUUUUUUAAUUAUUCAAAUUGAUAAGUAUUCUACAAUGAAUAACUAUAACCACGAUUCAGUCCUCGCAACAUGGCACGCGCUACGCCAUUUUUAUAUUAUUUUACCGCGCGAAAAACUAUUGCUGUCUCGUUUCUUAUUUUGACGUGAAACGUGACAGCGAUAGUUAUUCGCGCGAUAAAAAACAGCUUCGCGCGUGCCAUACGCCGGGGGCAGGGAGAGUGACUCAACCCUGUAAUAUUUGUACUUAUUUGUAUGAAUCUUAUAGAUUAUAUUAUUUUAAUUUUUUUUCGGAAGAAUAGAUUCCGAGAUGUUUUUAGACGUAAUUUGUGCUUGAGACGGGGGAACGAGUGGACGUGUUGAAAGAAAUGAUUGUUGAUUUCCGGCGCAGAUUUAUAUGUAAAUCUUUCUCAUAAUAUAAUAUUGUAAAUAUAAAUUUAUAAUGCAAUAAGAAUGUUAGAAUGCUUUUUUUAAGUAGAGAUGAGAUGAUAUUUCACUGAACUUUUGUUUAGUCAUUAUGAAAUGAAUAAUAAAUUAUUGACUGAUUAA